CAGCAGUGGCCAGAUGGAGCCCUGUUUGUUUUGAAGUAGCUGACUGCUGCUGAGAGUAGGGCAGUCUGCCGGCACUAGUGUGACUGAAUGAGGGGAAAAGUACAUCACACCCAGUCUGGGCAACAACAGGACAGCAAACCACUGUUUUCAUUCUGCUUAUGUGGACAGAUCUUCUGCUGUGCUGCUCAGUGUGGAGGCCCUCUAUGCAGCUCAAGGUCAGGAAAAUCCAGCUGCAGCCUCAGGGAACUGUCCCAUCUGGAUUUUGGGAUCCGCAGGGGCAGGUGGGCUCAAGUUUCCCUGUUGUUGCUCUCCAGCUUUGAUACAGGGACACUAUGCAGGGCUAUAGGACUCUGAAGAGGAUGUGAGGCCUGGACUAUACUGUCAAUACCUCCCACGACAGCGUUGGUUCUCUCAGCCUGAUCCAGUGUCAGAGACGAGGGGGAAUGGGCCCAGCCUCACUGCAGGGGGAGAGAGAGCCGGAGAAAGAGCCCAAGGCAGAGAUGGAGAGCUACCGCUACCUUCUGCAGGCUGGCUCCCAGCUAGAGAGCACUCUGCAGCAGGUGACUGUCCCCGUAAGCUUGAAGGAGGUGGGGGGCUACAUAGAGAAACAGGUGGCAUAUCUGUCAGGGGGCCGUGGGGAAGACUCCAGUGUCAUCAUCACCCUCCCAGAAUGCUCUGCUUUCAGUGACAUUCCAGAGGAAGCUUUAGCCAAAGUCUUUACAUACCUCACUCUCAUUCCUCGAACGAGGCAACCCGGAGUCAAAUUUAUCAUCAUUUUAGACCGGAGAUUGGAUACAUGGGCCUCCAUCAAAACUGCACUUGCCAGGAUAGCAGCUUCCUUUCCUGGAAACCUCCACCUGGUCUUGGUGCUCCGACCCACCAGCUUUUUCCACCGCACUGUUACUGAUAUUGGCUUUCGCUUCAGCCAAGAGGACUUCAUGCUCAAGAUGCCAGUGGUGAUGCUGAGCUCUGUCACAGACCUGCUGCGCUACAUCGAUGAGAACCAGCUGACUUCAGAGUUUGGAGGCACUUUGGACUAUUGUCAUAGUGACUGGAUUGUUUUACGAACAGCUAUUGAAAGUUUUGCUGUAACAGUCAAAGACAUCGCACAGAUGCUGCAGGGCUUUGGCACUGAGCUGGCGGAGACAGAGCUGCCUGAUGAGGGGAAAGCAAUCGAGUAUCUCCUGGAGUCUCAUACUGACAAGUACAGGAAGCUCAAGGAUGCAAUCAGGUCAGUGUCAAAGGAGGGUCGUCAUCUUCUCUUAAGCCUGGAGACCUCUGGGAAGGAUGAUGACUCCCAGUGGGAUGUGAGGCUGGACUGGGAGACAGUACAAAGGCUUCUUGCACAGCUCAGAGACAUGGAAUCAGCCUUCGAUGGCUUCUUUGAGAAGCAUCAUCUGAAACUCCAUCAGUACCUACAGUUGCUCAGAUAUGAGCAAAGCUUUCAGGAGAUGGAGCUGUGUCUGGACCAUCUCAUGUCUCAGGAGAGCGAGCUGCCCAUAUCUGUUGACACUCUGGCUCAAGCAGAACAGGCUCUCAAAAGGUUGGACAGUCUGGAAAUAAAUGCACAGGAGGUGAUGGCUCGAGCUCAGAUCAUCAUUCUUCACGGACACCAGCUGUCAGCCGGUCACCACUACGCCAUGGCUCUUAUUAUGCAGCGCUGCAACGAGCUUCGCCACUACUGUGAUACACUUAAUGCUGCUCUCAAGACCAAACACACUCGUCUCCUGCAAACACACCAGCUGCUGCUUUGUCUGGGACAGGCCCAAACUUGGUGUGAUGAUGGAGCAUAUCUGCUGGCCAAUCAGCUAGUAGAUAAGUUCCAGUCUAAGGAGGGGGCUCAGGCUGCUUUGAGGGACAUUGAGAGGUUCCUGGAGGCGGCGCCGUCUAUGCUGAGCUCAGGACCUGACGUCCUGGCCAUGGAGUACGAGGCUGUCAUCACAGCUCCAGUUCAGGGCCAGAUUGGAGAAACGUUUCAGAAGCAUGCAACAGUGCAGCAGAUGAUCCAAAACCGACAGGCUUGUUUAAGGAAGCUGGCUGACAAACAUGUACGACCAGUCCAACUGGUGGCCCCCAGGCCUGAAAACCCACCACGCUCCAAGUCCCCACUCUUUUCCCCCAAGCAUGGUGAUGGUUUGAAGUUCACGUUCGACCUCUCUCUGCCCGGGAAGAAAACAUCCCGAAAGAGCCCUAACCCUAGAAAAAUAGAGGUCAUUCACGACUACCAGGAGAGCCGGAGCUGUGUGUCGUACGGUCUGGAUGGAGAGGACAGCCCAGAUCAGUUGAAGCGUCAUGUGAUGAGGGAACUCAUAGAAACAGAAAGAAUAUAUGUGGAAGAGCUGCUGUCAGUUCUGCUGGGUUACAGGGCUGAGAUGGACAACCCAGCUCUGUCAGGGCUUCUGCCCCCAAUCCUGCGCAGCAAAAGAGACAUCCUCUUUGGGAACAUGCCUGAGAUCUACAAUUUUCACAGCAGAGUUUUCCUUCAAGACCUGGAAGGUUGCCUGGAGGCCCCGGAAGGUGUAGGAGCUUGUUUUCUGGAGCGGAAAGAGAGUUUCCAAAUGUAUGAAUGCUACUGUCAGAAUAAACCGCGCUCUGAGGCACUGUGGAGACAAUUCUCAGACUGUGCCUUCUUUCAGGAGUGUCAAAAAAAGCUGGAGCACAAACUGGGCCUGGAUUCCUACUUGCUGAAACCAGUCCAACGCCUCACGAAAUACCAGCUUCUUCUUAAGGAACUACUGAAAUACAGUACAGAUUGCAAGGGGACUUCUGAACUGCAGGAGGCACUAACAGCAAUGCUGGACCUGCUCAAAUCAGUCAAUGACUCCAUGCAUCAGAUAGCCAUCACAGGAUAUGAGGGUGAAAUUUGCGAGCUGGGCCGUGUGCUGAUGCAGGGUUCUUUCAGUGUGUGGAUCAGCCACAAGAGAGGUCCCACACGCAUGAAGGAGCUGGCUCGCUUCAAGCCAAUGCAGAGACACCUCUUUUUGUACGAGAGAGCUCUGCUGUUCUGCAAGCGGAGGGAGGAGCAUGGAGAAGGCUGCGACAAAACCCCCUCGUACAGCUUCAAAAACUGUCUCAAGAUGACUGCUGUGGGGAUCACAGAGAAUGUCAAGGGAGAUGUGAAGAAGUUUGAGAUCUGGUACAGUGGCAGGGAGGAAGUGUAUGUGGUUCAGGCUCCCACCGUGGAAGUCAAGAUGGCCUGGCUCAAUGAGCUUCGCAGAAUCCUGACUAACCAGCAGAAGCUGCUCAGAGAUGAAGUAUAUCAACAUGGUCAGAUGGUUGGACACAUGCAGCUUUCUCCACCACUGUCUGAGAGCAAGCAGCAGAGGGUGUCAGUGAGCUCAGAGGACACAGAGUCAGGGAGGAGCAGUCCAGACCCCCAGCCUCACUCCCCUAAACACCAGCACAACCGCAGGAGUUGGCCUGGAGCUCAUCACUCGGUAGACAUCUGCGAGGGUCUGGAGGAGUGGCCUGGAGGUCGGGACGCCUUCCACCCAUCUGACACCGAGGAGGAUGUUUUGGUGCAACUGUCUCCAGGUAGAUACAUGGCCUUGGCUGACUGUCUUCAAAAUGGACAAGACAGCAUUACCAUCAAAUGUGGAGAUGCCAUCCAACUGCAGUGUGAGGACAACAAGGGACGCUGGCUGGUGAAAAACCUGAGUCGGCGACAGGAGGCCUUCAUAGCUGCUGCCAGCCUGCAGCUGAUUAUAGGAGACAGUAGUCGAGGACACUCCACCAGACUAGGCGACCCAGGGAACCUGAAGGCGAGAAAGCUCAGCUCCCCGUAGAGAAGAAAGCACAGAAUGUGAAUCUAAUAUUUACCUGUGGAUGGUAAAACAGACAGAAGGAACAGGUUGAGCCAUAACUGUCCUACUCCUCACUCCCCGGUCUGCUAUCUCCAGCACAGUUAAAUCAUUAAAGAGAAAAAUGUGGGGAUCUACAGACCUUAUUUUCUUCUAGGUUUUAAUUGACGACCUCCUGAGGCUGGCGUUUUCUGAUUAUGAAGGUGUGCUGUGGCACCAGCGCAAAGGCUCAGGAACUGUUUAGCCCUCUUGGACAAUCAACACCCGAUCCCUGGAUCCUGAUUGGUCUUCCUCUUUUCUGAUUGGUGAUGACUAUCUUGUCCUUCUGGAGCUCCCAUCUGCAUCACACACACAUAUUCGGGAUGUGAGGUUGCUGCUGCAGCAUUUUACAAUCUGUGGACAACAUUUGUCAACCCUUCCAUAUUCCAGCUCGUACUUGACAUUAUAGUAUCUCAGAGUGUGUGUUCCUGUUUGUCUCGGUGUGUGCUGGAUGUAUGAUGGUAACCCAGGAUUUGCCUGAAACAUUUCUUAAAGAAAAGACUUUUGUACAUAUAUACGGCGUAAUUUUUAACAUUUAUUGUGGCUCAGUGUUUCAUCUUUGUGUCGUUAGUCGAUGUUUCCCAUUGAACUACUUCAUUGUAUUUUUCUUACAUUUCAUUCCUUAAGCUACCAUUCUUGUGUACAGUCUAGGAGUUAAAAUGCCAAAAUGUGCCAUGCCAUAAUGCCUUUUUUAUUCCUGCUCUUUUGGAGGUACUGUUUGCAAAAUCAAAAACUCUGUUACUGCUUCAACCUUGACCUCACAAAUAUUCGGGCACUUUAAUAAGGUGGAUGAACAAAAGAGACAAAAAAAAAAAAUCCACCUAUUGUCUACUGAAUGUGUGCUUUGCUUGCUGCUUUAUCUCUCUUACUGUGCAUUUCCCCUUAUUCAUGCUGGUGUAGCCUUUGUUUGUUCUUGAAUGUAUGAUGUGUUCAGGAGGCAGGGGAGACAUACAUGCAGGCAGCAGUUGACACGUUAGUGAUGGUAAUGUAAGACAGACAGACACAAUGAAGAUUGAUGGCAGCAUAUUCCUCAGUGUGUGCCGAAGACGAAUGGGAGGCUCAUGCCACAGAGCCCCAAACACUGUCAUUCUCCUCAGGAUCUUUUGGGAGCCCACUGUCAGUCACAGUGUAGAGAAGGGAGAGCGAGGAGUAAAAGAAACACAGAGAGAGAGAGCGAUUAUGUUCUGUGUACCCCUCCAUCACAGAGGCAGAUUGUUUCCUCCUCACCAUUACAGCUCAGUUAAUCUUGGGUUCCCCAUUAAACGAGAUCAUACAGCCAACAUGAAAUAUACCCUCUGUGUGGAACGCUUAAUUAAAUAUUGAUUGCAGACUUAUAUGAAUUUACCGCAUCAAAUCGAGGCCCCAGUCGGAGGGCUGCCUUUGAUACGCUGUGUUUGAUAUGGAAAUGAGUGUAGAAAGCAGCAGGGCCUGCUGCACACUACACAUUUCCUAUGUUGUUAAUUUAUUUAUUUUGCUGUCAUGUUCCUUCACAUUGUGAGGUAUUUGUGCAGCCUGAAUUAAUUUACAUCUCCAUAAUAUUUACGGGAGCUAUGCUUGACUUGCACUUCAAAACCCCAUUUUAUUUUAUUUUAAGCUUAUACGACAAAAUCUGAUGGUUUCUUUGAAAUUUUAAUCCGAAAUGCUGCAGAUUUUGCACAGUUUUUCCAGGUUGGAAAACAAAAGAAAACUUGCUUGAAAUAAUAUGUAUCCUGAUGAGCCAAGUAGCCUGAGCUUGAUGCUGAGUGUUUAUCAUGAAAAUGCAUGGCAACUGAACAAUGAACAGGUUUGUUACAGUAACCGUUCUUAACUGGCUUCUUUUGUACAGCUUCAGUUCUGUAAAAAUAAUCAAAUACAAAUAAACUAUUUAUUGCAAUAAUGGUUUGGUUAGUUAAAAUAAUUCAAUACUUGUUUUAACAGCAAUACAUUUGGCUGCUCUCUUUUUCAUAUACACCGGUUGAAUCUAUUAUUUCUGUGUUCUUGUUUUAAUGGAAGCCAAGUUACAUAAUACAAUUGUGCAGACUUUUCCCUUUUUGUGUGGUUUUGGUCACAAAAGCCCAGUGGUGGAAAGUAACUGCAUACAUUUCAGAUGCUUGUAUUUUGAGUCUUUUCUUUUUAUGAAACUGUCUGCUUGUACCCCACUACAUUUCAGAGGGAAUGUAUUUUUUACUUCACUACAAUUAUCUGACAGCUUUAAUUCAUCACUUUACAAAUAUGCAGGCAAAACAUACAAAGAGCUAACCGUAUUUUUUUUAACAACAGCUAAAACAAUUAGUUGAUUCAUUAAUUAGUCAAUUGAUAGAAAAUGUCUAUUAUAUACUUCUAUUAUUAGUAAUUUUUCAUGUAAAAAGCAUUUCAUGUUUGAGCUUCACAAAUAUUUUUGCUGCAAAUUUGCUUUUCCUUUUAAUUUUUUUAUUAUAAUUUAAAUAAAAUUAGCAUUUUGAAAGUUUCA